AUGUCGCAGACUCUGGACCCCAUCCCACGGCUGUGUCUGAGGCCCCGGCGGACACUGAAGGGCCAUUUGGCAAAGAUCUAUGCAAUGCACUGGUCAACAGACGAAAAACACCUUGUGUCCGCCUCUCAGGACGGGAAACUGAUUAUUUGGGACGCAUAUACAACCAACAAAACGCAUGCAAUCCCUCUACGCUCAUCAUGGGUUAUGACGUGUGCAUAUGCACCAAGCGGGAAUCUCGUUGCAUGUGGAGGGCUAGAUAAUAUAUGUACAAUUUAUGAUAUAUCAUCACGGGAAGGAUUUGCAAAAAUUGCACAAGAAUUAGUAGCACAUACGGGAUAUUUAAGCUGUUGCCGGUUUUUAAAUGACGAGCAAAUUCUUACAUCAAGUGGAGAUAUGUCAUGUAUUUUAUGGGAUAUAUGUAGAGGCAUAAAAAUACAAGAAUUUUUAGAUCAUUUGGGAGAUGUGAUGAGUUUAAGCAUUCAUCCAUCUAAUCCAAACAUAUUUGUGUCAGGGGCAUGUGAUGCAUUUGCAAAAAUAUGGGAUAUUCGUACAGGAAAGUCAGUGCAAACGUUUUCAGGGCAUGAAUCGGAUAUCAAUGCAGUGCAAUAUUUUCCAAACGGAUAUGCUUUUGGAACGGGAUCGGAUGAUGCAUCCUGUCGGUUAUUUGAUGUUCGGGCUGACCGAGAAUUGAAUUGUUAUGCAUCGAAUAAUAUUAUGUGUGGUAUUACGUCGAUUGCGUUUUCGAUUUCAGGAAGACUUCUUUUUGCCGGAUAUGAUGAUUUUAAUUGCAAUGUAUGGGAUGUAUUGCGUGGCGAUUGUGUUGGGACCCUUCAGGGUCAUGAUAAUCGUGUGAGUUGUGUAGGUGUGAGUGGUGAUGGGAGAAGCGUUGCAACGUGUAGUUGGGAUUCUUUGGUAAGGGCUAAUUAUGGAUGGAUUUUUUCCUCCAUAUGUUUUUUUUUUUUGCAAUUAAUUAUACCCAUAGCUAAAAAUAUGGGCAUAAUACGAAUCGACUUCUCUUUUAUCUAUCAAUAUAGCGAUCCUUAG